AUGCGGUCUAUCAUUGUCUUGUUUUUCAUUAUAUCUCUUUCGUCUGUAAAAGGACAAACUACACAACCACCGAAUUAUUCUUGUAGUGAAAAUAAUGCCUCUAUUCAGUUUACAUUAUCUUCAUCAGCUCAUUCAGCAUGGAAUUCAACAGCAAAUUGUGCUUUACAACAAUGUAAUACAAGUUUGAAUGAUAACAAUAAUUGUCGUUCAUCAUCAACACCAUGUUAUGAUUAUCGAACAAUAAAUAAUAUUAGUUAUUGUGCACUUGGUAUUUUAUGUUCAAUAUUAGAAAGAUGUAAUAAUAUUACACAAACAUGUUCAUCAAAUAAUUCAGUGUGUGUUAUUAAUUCGUGUUGUUCACCACAAGCAGUAUGUUUACCAUUCUUAGCAAUACAAAUGUGUAACACAGGAUGGCUUUAUACUCGAGAUAUGAAUGAUGCACGAGCGUAUCACACAGCAUCUAGGUUAUCAAGUGGGAUAGUAUUAGUUACUGGUGGAUGGGGUGAUACUGGUCAUUUAAAUAGUGCUGAGUUGUAUGAUCCAUCAAUAGGAACUUGGGCAACUACUAGUAACAUGAAUAAUGCACGAUAUUAUCACACAGCAUCUGUAUUAUCAAAUGGAAAUGUGUUAGUUACUGGUGGAGCCAAUGGUAAUAUUUUAAACAGUGCUGAGCUGUAUGACCCAUCAACAGGUACUUGGACACCUACUGGUAACAUGACUAAUGCACGGGGUUUUCACAAAGCAUCUGUAUUAUCAAAUGGGAAAGUAUUAGUUACUGGUGGAGUUGAUGACAAUGGUAAUAUUUUAAAUAGUGCUGAGCUGUAUGAUCCAUCAACAAGUACUUGGACAACUACUGCAUCUGAAUUAUCAAAUGGACUAGUAUUAGUUACUGGUGGUGCACUCAUUAAUAAUAGAGUUUUAAAUAGCGCUGAGCUGUAUGACCCAUCAACAGGUAUUUGGACAACUACUGGUAGCAUGACUUGGACACGAUAUUCUCACACAGCAUCUGUAUUGUCAAAUGCAAAAGUAUUAGUCGCUGGCGGGGGUGCUGAUACCUUUGGUACUUGUAUAAGUAGUGCUGAACUGUAUGAUCCAUUAACAAGUACUUGGACAGCUACUAGUCACUUGCAUGAUGCACGAUAUCAUCACACAGCAUCUGUAUUAUCAAAUGGAAAAGUAUUAGUUACUGGUGGAGUCGAUAUUUCUACUUUGUUUUCAAAUAUUACAGAAUUAUAUUAG